AUGGCUUCAACUCUUACUAAAGAAUCCUCCAUCCUUAUCGUUGGUGGCGGAACAUGGGGAUGUUCAACCGCUCUCCAUCUCGCUCGUCGAGGGUACACCAAUGUCACUCUCCUCGACGUCAACCGCAUCCCAUCACCUAUCUCAGCAGGUCAUGAUGUAAACAAAAUCGCUAGUGGACUCAACGUCCCCGAUAACAAAGGCGACUCACAUGACGAUAUCUGGCAAGCCCUCACCUAUGCUCAAGCCCAAGGCUGGCUCCACGACCCCGUCUUCAAGCCCUUCUGUCAUGACACAGGCUACGUCGUCUCAGCCUCAACGCCCAAAGCUAUCAAAGCGGUUGUUGAAGACGAAGUUGGCGAUAAAAUAGACGAGUUCACGCCUCUCAACACCGCAGAAGAGUUCAGAAAGACUAUGCCGGAAGGUGUUCUCACAGGAGACUUCCCUGGCUGGAAGGGCUUUUACAAAUCAGAGGGCUCUGGAUGGGUUCAUGCUCGAAAGGCUAUGACUGCUGCUUUUGAGGAGAGCAAGAGACUUGGUGUCAAGUUCAUUACUGGCUCACCUCAAGGUGAAGUCGAGAGUCUCGUCUUUGAGGAUGGAGAUGUUAAGGGUGCUAAGACUGUUGAUGGCAAGGAACACAGGGCUGAUCGCACAAUUCUUUCGGCUGGUGCUUCAGCGGAGCGCUUCCUCGACUUUGAAAACCAAAUUCGCCCAACAGCUUGGACCCUUGGUCACAUUCAGAUGACCCCUGAGGAAGCCAAGCUAUACAAAAAUCUUCCAGUUCUUUUCAACAUCAACAAAGGUUUCUUUAUGGAACCAGACGAGGAUCUCCACCAGCUGAAGAUGUGCGACGAACAUCCCGGCUACGUAAACUGGGUCGAAAAGCCUGGUGCUAAAUUUCCUCAAUCCAUCCCCUUCGCAAAGCAUCAAAUCCCUCUCGAGGCAGAGAGUCGCAUGAAAGAUUUCCUGCGAGACAUCAUGCCUCAUCUUGCAGACAGACCACUCGUUCAUGCUAGAAUCUGCUGGUGCGCUGAUACAUUCGAUCGAAACUUCCUCAUCACCUAUCAUCCUCGUCAUCCUUCGCUUGUUAUUGCAUCCGGUGAUUGCGGCACAGGUUAUAAGCACAUUACGUCUAUUGGCAAGUAUAUCUCUGAUUGCAUGGAGGGAACUUUGGAAGAUAGAUUUGUCAAGUUUUGGAGAUGGAGACCAGAGAAGUUUACUGCAUUUUGGGGUAAAGAUACUUUGGAUCGGUUUGGUGCUGAUGAUACCAUUAUGGAUCUGCCCAAGAGUGAGACUGAAGGAUGGACUGAUAUCAAGGAGAAUAGUGCGAAGCUGUAG